AUGGGGGGCCUCCGUUUGAAAAAACGGUUGCGCGUCGUUGUAUCUCACCUAAAAGAUCUCUUAUUCGACCCGGAGAAGCUCUCGAUUGUGGGUUACGUAUUGUUGUUUAUAGAACUAGUCCUGAAUAUCUUCAUCAUACACCGGGUGAACUACACGGAGAUCGACUGGCGUGCGUAUAUGCAGGAGGUCGAGGGAGUUCUCAACGGCACCACCGACUACGUUCAACUGAAAGGGGACACGGGACCGUUGGUCUACCCGGCGGGUUUUGUGUACAUCUUCAGCGCUCUGUACUUCUUCACUAACUCUGGUCGCGAUGUCCGAAUGGCUCAAUACGUGUUCGCGAUCUUCUAUUUGAUCAUGUUGCACCUCGUUUUCCACCUCUACGCCAAAACCCGAAAAACUCCGCCAUAUGUCCUGAUUCUUAUGUCGGCCUCGUCGUAUCGGAUCCACUCGAUUUUCGUGCUUCGCCUAUUCAACGAUGCUGUCGCGAUGCUGAUCCUCUACGUGGCGCUCGGGCUUUUCAUCAAGAAGCGAUGGAGCAUGGGUUGUCUCAUGUACAGUUUCGCCGUAUCGGUGAAAAUGAAUAUCCUGCUGUUCGCGCCCGCGUUGUUCUUCGUUCUCCUCAAUACCGGCGGGUACUUGCACACCUUCAAAAAUCUCACGGUCUGCGCGCUUGUCCAGCUGAUACCGGCUCUUCCGUUCCUCAUCGGCAACUACGAGUCGUAUAUCCUGCGAGCCUUCGAUCUGGGCCGUGUUUUCGAGUACGAAUGGACCGUGAAUUACCGCUGUAUCCCGGAGUGGCUCUUCCUCAGCAAAAGCUUCCACCUGGUCCUUCUUGCCCUCCACGUCGGCGUUCUGCUGGCCUUCAUCCCGCGAUUCAUGAGGUACUGCGCCAUCAAUCGCGUCCAGACCGAUAACGGCGGCUCGAUUUACCUUCUCCUGCCCGACCAGAUCUUGUUCCCGAUGUUCGUAUCGAACUUCAUCGGGAUAGUUUUUGCACGAUCUCUCCACUAUCAGUUCUACGUGUGGUACUACCAUUCGAUACCGUACAUACUGUGGUCUUUGCCGAUAACGACACUCGCGAAGCUUCUUCUUUGGGGUCUGAUAGAGAUGUCCUGGAACACUUAUCCGAGCACAGUGUAUUCGUCGUGCACGCUUCACGCGUGCCAUCUCUCCAUACUCUGCGUACUUUGGUUCUGCUGGCCGCAGAAAAGUCGUUAUGUAAUCAAGAAGAAGACGGCCUAGGACGAUUCGAAUGCACAGACGCAUCGGAGUAUUCUGAACACCGACCAAAAGUCGCAAAUCCAGCUUACUCGUCGA